AUGACUGGUCACUUUGAAUUUCGAGAAUUACUUCUUAAAAUUCAUGACCUUCUCUCUGACAAUGAUCGUGAACGACUUCAUUUUUUAUUAGGUGACGAUGUGCCUAGAAAUUUACGUGAUGAUUUAUCAUUAGGCGGAACACUUCGUGUUCUUCAAGCUUUAUUUGAUAAAGCGAUUAUUAACGAUCAAGACUGUAUUUAUCUUAUUGAAGCACUCGAAAAAAUUCGUUGUUUCGAUGCAUCAAAGCGUCUCAAAGAAUAUCAACGAAAUCAAAGACAAUUAGACACUCAAAGUCUUUCGUUGACAGAUAUCUUAUGGAGAGACAAUGAUGAAGAUAAAGUAGCGAUAUCAAGAACUACGGAUGAUUUACAUGAUGAAGAUUUGCGGAGGAUUCCUACGUCAUCAUUCACAGAAAAGUCGAUCGCAACCAAUCAACGUCCACCAUUAAAUCCAAUUAUUAUAAACGAACCAAUUGAAGAAGAAACCGUUAAAAGCAGUCGGAUUCGUCGAUUAUUCUGUACAUCAAUUAGUUAUCGAGAAUGGGUUCUAAUUACCACUCUUUUACUAGUCAUUAUAACUAUUCCAUUGUCGAUGACAUUUUGGAAACGAUCGGAUGAGAAGAUUCGAACGAAGAUCAAUCGUGCUCAAUUAAUAGACGAUAUAACAAGCAAUGCUCGAUGGUCACAGAAUGGAAUUACAGUUUUAGGUGGUAAUGGUCCUGGUGAUGGACUUAAUCAAUUGCGAAAUCCUGGAACAAUCGACAUCGAUGAUGAAAAUACAAUUUAUGUUGUCGAUGAUAAUAAUAAUCGUGUUCUUGAAAAGAAAUUGAAUCAAACAACUCCUCGUAUUGUCGCAGGCGGGAAUGGAAUAGGCGGUGAAAAUAAUCAAUUGAAUCAUCCAGUACACGUUAUUGUGGAGAAAUCAAGAGAAAGUUUAAUUAUAUGUGAUUCUGGUAACCGACGAUUAAUGCGAUGGUCCAUUUCCACUGGUACCAGUGAGGAAAUGAUUUUAACAGAUAUAGUUUGUCAGGGAUUAGCACUCGAUAAACAUGGUUUUCUUUAUGUUUCAAAUAAGAAAGCUGGUGAAAUUCGACGAUUUCGUGUUGGAGAAAGAAAUGGAACUGUUGUUAUUACAGGUGCAUCGACAGUCAGACAGUUGUAUGCUCCGAGUUUCUUUGCCAUUGAUCACGAUGACUCUAUCUAUGUGUCCGAUACAACUGGUAAUCGUAUAACAAAGUGGACAAUAGGCGCACAAGAAGGUGUCGUCAUAGCUGGAAGUCUCGACUCAGGAACCGAUUCGACACACUUCAGUCGUCCAUUUGGAAUAGUUUUGGAUCACAUGAAGACUAUAUAUGUGGUCGAUUCAGACAACAGUCGAGUGAUCCGCUGGCGGGAAGGUAUGACUAAAGGAGACGUCAUCAUUGGCGGUCGUGGUAGAGGCGAUCGAGCAGAUCAAUUAGAUAAUCCUAUCGAUAUUGCAUUUGAUCAACAAGGUAAUCUAUAUGUGGUUGAUUUUAACAAUCAUCGGGUGCAAAGAUUUAAUAUUGAACAAUACUGA